AUGGAUUAUCACAGGAGAAAAGUCGUUUGUUUUGUCCAGACACUUGCAGGGACCAGAAGAACUUACAGGUCAGGACUAGCAGUAUCAGAGCGAACGAGAACAGCGAUCAAACACUUUGUGUCGUUUCCACAAAAGUUUAAUCGAGUGGAAAGCAGGUUGCACGAGAUUUCAGCUGUUGCAGGUGUCCUUAUGACUUCGCACAAAGUAAACGCCAAUAAAAACGAACCUGGAACACAAAAAAAGUUUUGUAUCUUAACCGUCUGCCUGGGAAACCUUUGCCGUUCGCCUGCAGCAGAGGCCAUUCUAAAAAAGAAGAUCGCGGAACAGGGGCUCGAAAACUUGUUCUAUGUGGACUCCUGUGGCACGGGCGGCGGGAACCCCGACUGGUACAUAGAGAACGGCUGGAGCUAUCACGAAGGUGACCGAGCUGAUCCGCGAAUGGUUCGAAUCGCUUCAGAAAGAAAUAUCAAGGUUGAUUCGAUAUCCCGGCCCAUGAAACCGGAUGAUCUAGAAAAAUUCGACCUUAUCGUUGUCAUGGAUGCUGAAAACGAGAGGGAGGUCCGCAAAGCUGCUGCGUACUGGGGGAAGAAAUAUGUCGAACUUGCAAAAAGCAAAGUGGAACAAAUUACCAAGUACUGCCGGCACAGGAAAGAUAUCCGGGAGGUUCCCGACCCCUGGUAUCAUGGAGGUGACAGCAUGCGCCUCGUGCUCGAUAUUCUUGAAGAUGCAUGUGAGGGGCUGCUUCAGUCCGUCACAAAGCAGCUUAAUCUGGAGGAGCAGAGGAAGUGA